AUUAAUCCAGGACUGGGACGAGCUUUCUAAACGCCCUUUCCAAGCUGAACGGAUACGCACCGGACCAGAGACAGGAGUGCAAUCUGGUCAAGUGGGAUUGGCAGAAGAAUGCUGGUCCCAGGCAUCCGGGGGCAGGAUGGCGUUGUGUUGGCAGAGCGCUGUGGGCGUUAGAUGGUUCCUUUUGAUGCUCGUGUGGCGCUGGGCACCCCUGGGUGCUCUGAGCUGGCUCCUGGCCUCGGCUGAGCCCCCUGAACCUUCGCCUUUUCUCUCUCUGCCCGGCAGAGGCAACGCGGCCCAGCUGGACUGGCUCCUGUCUGACAAGGGUCCUUUCCACCGGUGCCCAGAGUAUACUGAGUUCAAGGAGCGGUUUCAGCAGGGCUUCUCGACACGCUACAAGAUCUACAGGGAAUUCAGUCACUGGAAAGUGAGCAGCCUGGCCACAGAGAAGAGAGACUUCUUCAAGGCGCCGCUGCCUUUAUCUCCAGAGUUCUUACGCAACCUCAGACUGCUGGGAAGAAGGCCCAGUCUACAGCAGAUCCAUGAUAACCUGAUCAAAAAAUACGGCACACACUUCUUAGUCUCGGCUACACUUGGAGGUGAGGAGUCGCUUACCAUAUUCCUGGACAAACAGAAGCUCAGCAAGAAAUCCGAGGUCACCGGCAACAUCUCGACCGUGUCUCUGGAAAUCCUGCACCAGCUGGCUGCGUCUUAUUUCACAGACAGAGAGAGCACCCUCAGGAGACUCCACCACCUGCAGAUAGCCACCUCAGCCAUUAAGGUAACAGAGACCAGAACAGGGCCUUUGGGAUGCAGUAACUACGACAGCCUGGAUUCCGUAAGCUCAGUGCUGGUACACAGCCCGGAGAACAAAAUCCAUCUGAAAGGCUUACAGGAUGUUCUCCCCGAGUUCCUGCGCAAUCGCUUCGUGGAGGCGGCUCUCAGCUACGUGGCGUGUAAUUCCGAGGGCGAGCUGUUGUGCCGCAACAACGACUGCUGGUGCCGGUGCUCUGCCAAGUUUCCUGACUGCAACUGUCCCUUCUCGGAUAUCAGAGCCAUGGAGGAGAGCCUUCGCAAAAGCAGGGAAGCCUGGAUCACUUCCAACGACGAGUUCAUCGAGUCAGAAGACUUUAAGUCCUUCCUGAAGAAGCUGCCCACCGAUCGCUUCUUGAAUACGACAGAUAUCCUGAAGUUCUGGAGCUCGGACACAGCCUUGCAGAAGCGCUACACACAGUUGGAAGCCAGCACGAAGCUGAUCCUUGGAAAAGCCCACAAGAUUGUGCGUAAACUGUUCACACUUAGCAAGCGCUGUCCCAAACAGCCGAAGAUCAGCCUGCCCAGAGAAAGGACUCUGGGUUUCUGGUUGAACAGAGUUCAAUCUCUGCUGUACUGCAAUGAGCAUGGCGUCCUCGGCUCUUUCUCUGAGGAGGCCCGUUACUGCCUGUGCGCAACAGACCAAGGCGCUUCCUGCCAGGGCACCGUUCCAUGCCAGGUGGGCGAGGGCACCCUGUGUUCCUCGUGUGCCUCGGACAACGUCACCCGCUGCGGCGCGUGCGUCCCCGGGAGCUUCCUCCAGCUCGGGUCCUGUCGGCCGGCCGUCGCCGUCUCCCUGGACCACUACGUGAACUUCGAUCUGGACAUGGUGGACGCCGAGGCUCACCACCUGCUUCAGCGUCUGGACGGCCGCCUGGAAGUGCGCGCCAUCUACAUCAGCAACGACGUCCGACUGGGCAGCUGGUUCAACCCGGCGUGGCGCAAGCGAAUGCUUCUCACGCUGAAGAGCAACAAGAACAAAUCCAAUCUAGUGCACAUGCUCAUGGGGAUUUCUUUCCAGAUCUGCACCACCCAGAACAGCACGCUGGAGCCCGUGCCCGCCAUCUACGUCAACCCGUUCGGCGGAAGCCAUUCGGAGAGCUGGUUCAUGCCCGUCAGGCAGAACGACUUCCCCGAUUGGCAGCGAACUAAGCUAGACUCGGCUCUCCCGUGUUACAACUGGACACUAGUGCUAGGCACCAAGUGGAAGUCCUUUUUUGAGACGGUUCACAUCUACCUGCGUAGCCGGAUCAUCACGGACGACCCGAGCGUCAACGAGACGCUCUUCUACGAGCCCUUGGACACGGACUCCGCCAACCUGGGAUACAUGAAGAUCAACAGCCUGAGGGUCUUCGGGUACAGCAUGCACUUUGACGCCGACGGCGUCAAGGAGCUGAUCGGACAGCUGGACUACCCGUACGCGCAGGGAACCCAAGACUCCGCCUUCUUAGCGCUGAUGGAGCUGCGAGACCGCGUCAACCGGCUCUCGCCGCCCGCCGAGCGCCCGCUCGACCUCUUUUCCUGCCUGCUCCGCCACCGGCUCAGGCUCUCGGUCGGAGAGGUGGUGCGUGUCCGCGACUCCCUGAGCAACUUCGGUUCCAAGCUGCCCGGCUCCUCGAAACCCGAACUGGCCCAGCUGUGCAGCUAG